AUGAGUACAUGCGCACAAAGCGACACGACCAAAGGUGGAAGAGGAGGAAAGGGAAAGGCCACCAAAUCAGCCGUAUCACGUUCAGUAAAGGCCGGUCUUCAGUUCCCCGUGGGAAGAUUCGCCAGGUUCCUCAAGAUGAGAAAAGGCGCACAAAGCGGCACGUCGACCAAAGGUGGAAGAGAAGGAAAGGGAAAGGCCACCAAGUCAGCCGUCUCACGUUCGUCAAAGGCCAGUCUUCAGUUCCCCGUGGGAAGAAUCGCCAGGUACCUCAAGACAGGUAGAUACGCCAAGCGUGUCGGCUGGUGCUCCGGUCUAUCUUGCAGCCGUUCUAGAGUACCUCGCCGCGGAGAUGAAUCAAAAGGUAAAGAUGUCAUCCUUAAGGUGGAUGAAAAUUAA